CUUGGAGGGGAAGCAUCAACGAAUGCAUCUAAUGACUCUGGAGUAGCAGCUACACUUCCACUUGUCGAGACAGCCGGAGAAGCUGCCGGCACCGAGCCGCCACCGUCGCCGGAGCUGGAGCCACCGCCGCCGCCAAAUCACCUCCCUGAGCAACCACCGGAGCUAGGCUCUGCUUUACAUCUGAACUUCCCAUAUUUAAUUGAGCACUCGAAUGUAAACGAGAAUUGUUCGGACCACAUUCGAGCCUCCGCCGGUCGAUUGCAAGUCACCUCCGACCGGCAGCACGGAUGGCGAGACGCUAAAAACGGGCUGAGAAAUCCCGACCGAAGGACUCGCGACAGGAGAUACAGAUGGAGAAGCCGUUAUAGACGACUCGGGAGCACUAGCGCUCGGGAGGAUAUCGAGAGGGAUAGCUAUUUCCGGCGCAGAAAGUGGGACUGGCGGUGGUGGCGGCGGCGGUGGGAUGGCCGACUGGCCCGACCCCGUAUUGUUCUUGUUAGCCACGUACGAAGUCUUAUCGAUAACCGAGCCGAGAUCCUUGUUCUCCUCGGGAACAACCGGCGAGUACUUGAUGUUCGGGUCCUCCUUUGGCACCGGGAAUAUAAACCCGGCCGCGUAAGGCACGCGGGUCGGUGGAAUCCAACGGUUGCCGUCCAGGAACUCGGCGGCGGUGAAGCGCUGGAUACGGGCUGGCGGGAGCUCCUUUACUCCGGCCCAUUUGGCCCGUUGGGCCUUUGGUGCGCCGGGACCGCGAUUGUUGAACUCGGUGUAGAAGAGUGUGUUGAGAGCGAAGGUCUCGUUCCAAGGGAGCCACCCUUGUGGCUGGAUGAAAUCGUCGACGAACGACUCCAUGAUGAUGGUCCUCGAGUACUCCUUCCACGGCCUGCCGAGGUACGACUUGAUCUUGUUACGGUGUGGGUAGUAUUCUGGGUCGGCCUUAAAUGUGCAGUUCUGGAUAACGAGGCCCGUAGGUUGACGAACGUCCUUUCGGCCCUGAGCUGUCACGAUGUUCUGCUGAUUGUCGAGAGGCUUUCGGACGAGCAACGUGCAACCUUGGAAAACUACCGCGGCAUCACCGAAGAUAAAGUCAAUGGUGCCGGAGAUUACGCAGUCUCGAUAGAAUUGGCGGUACGUGUGCACGUACAACGUGUCUUGAUAGCCAUCCAUGUGGCAGUUGUAGAAGAUCGCUCGGUCGGCGCUCACACGCAAAGCCACAGCUUGGUGCUUUUCGGGUCCGGCGGAGUUCUCGAACCCGAUGUCCCUAGCUAUGAAGUCGUCCGCUUGCACGGCUAG